AUGGGGGACGCCCUGCUGUGGGCGCUGUUGUUGCCGUCGCUGCUGCCCCAGGCAGGCAGCCAGACAUGCAGCGUGUUCCCGGGGAACGUGAGCUGGGCCAGGGAAUACCUUGACCGAUGCCUCAACUUCAGCGGCCACGUCCUGAGCCAGCUACCUCAGGAGCAGUCUCUGCAGGCCAGAUUCGUGCAGCUCCUCGAUCUGUCUGCAACCGGCCUUCAGCGGCUCCCGUGGUCCUUCUUCAGCGACCUGCCGCAGCUGCAGUUACUGGUUGUGACCAACAACUCCUUGGACUUCGUGGACAGGGCGCUGGCCAAACGCUGUGACCUCACCCUGCGGGCUGACUGCGGCUGUGCCCUGGUAGACUGGCACAAGGACCGGCAGGGCAACUGCUCUGGCCCAGAGCCUCCGGAGUGCCUGGAUGUGUCCACCGGUGCCUGGCACAACCUCUCUGUCUUCUUGGAAGUGAGCUGUCCCCCUGGCCUGACCAAGGCAACCGUCGGAGCACUGGCGGCCAGUGGAGGCCUGCUCCUUGUGCUUGCUGUUGCUGGCCCGGUGCUGGCCUGGAGACCCUGUAGACGCCGGAUGGGCCAGAACCUGAGCAAAACGUGGGCUGCUCAGGAUGGCUCCAGGUCUGGCUCGGGCCGGCAGCCGAGGUACAGUAGCCAAGCCCGCAGGCCUGAGCCCCCAGCCAACACCCCGCCCGGAUCUUUCACUUCUGACUACGAGAACAUGUUCGUGGGCCCACCGGCUGCCAGACACCAGUGGGAUGAACACAGGUCUCCCCCUUCAGAGGGCAGCGACUUCUACAUGACCUACGAGAGCCUCCAGCACGAAUCCCAGCCUGUCUAUUGCAACCUUCAGUCGCUGGGCCAGGUCCCAUUGGAUGACGAGGAAUAUGUGUUCCCCGGGCGCUGA